AGACUGGCUGCCAAUCUACGUCACGGUAGAGCUGGUGGAGACCAUACACAGGCACGGAGACGCUGUGUGCUAGUACCUCCUUGUACCUACAUUCAUCUUAUCGGUCUUUCUAGUUCGCAACUCAUAUCCAAAGAUAAUCGCCAUAACCAUCAGUACUUCAUCCAGGUUGACAGACUUGGGAUAUUGGUGGAUAAACGUAAUAUCUAUUACUCACCAGUAUUUUAUCUGAUAAUAGUUACGCGAGAGUCUGGCUGGCUAUUGGCUGUUUGAUAGAAGGAAGGAAUAGAACCGGCAACUAGUUGACAAGAAGCCAUCCUCUGGAUUCCUUUGCACGUGGGCGUACGUUGACUACAUUCUUGCUCAGGGGAAAUCCCGCGGCUCUCUGAAAGUGGCCUCCUCAUUUAUCUUCAAUCUUUAUGGACACCCAUCUUCCCUCGAUAUUUACUACAGUUUCUCCCUGUACGCCUCAAAGAGCAAUUUCAACGACUUACUCCCACUUGUCGCAUAAAAGUGUAGUAAAAAACAACCUAUGAUAUGGAGAAAGCCAGUCCGUCAUCGCCGGCACCCUCAAACAAUAACAACCCCCCUUCCUCUACAAUCGCCGACGACGUACUCCAAAAUCAAUUCCAGCAGCUUAUCCAGCAUAAUGCGACAGCGUCGUCUAUCGAGGUGCACGGCCAGAUAAAUUCCAAUCCCCCCUCACGAUAUUCAAGCCCGGUUCCGGCACCGGCACCGCAGCAGCAGCAGCAGCAGCAGCAGAUGGUCAUGCCUAUAUACGACCACGCCACUACGUACAGCAGCGGAUAUCAGCAGCAGAAUUAUCAGAUGGAGCCAAGCCCGUAUCCUCAAUUGCCCGAUACAGGCUCGUCGUUGACACCCCACAAUGCUUAUAGCACUCCUGCGACUUCACCACCAACCCCUUUACAAUCAGAAAGUAUUAGAACAAGAAGUGGCCGAGCUAUAAAUCGGACGCGCGAAGGGACACCGAUGAUGAAUUCUCGAGGUCUCAAAAGGCAAUCCCCAAUGUCCGGAGGAGAAGGCAUAGGCGCAGGCGCCAAGAAGAAGAAGAAGACCAAGGGGCAGUCAGAUGAGCCACAAGUGGUACUGGACGCGCCUCUGAGUGUAUUAGUAAAAGAUAUUACGACAGUGCAGGACACUAAUAUCGAGGAAUAUGUCAACCGAGGCGCGGAGGUGCGGCAAAAGGAGGUAAGGGAGUCGAAAGAUGGUAAGGUGAAGCGUCCGAUGAACGCCUUUAUGCUUUAUCGGAAGUCUUACCAAAAUCGAGCCAAGGAAUGGAGAAAGCAUGAUAACCACCAGGUCAUCUCGCGGAUCUGUGGUGUUAGCUGGGCUAUGGAGCCACCGUCUCUGAAAGAGCAAUUCGACACCUAUUCUAAGAUUGAACGGUCAAAUCAUGGCAUUGCCUUCCCCGACUAUAAGUUCGCGCCAGCUAAGGCUAAGAACAGGAAGACCAGUAGCAGAAGCACCACUGUCAAUGAGUCGGAAGACGAUGGAUCUGACCUGGAGGGUUACCACUGGGAUACCGCCCCGCCGUCGAGAAGUUCCUCAAGACCGAUAUACGAUCCAGAUGGUGAAUACCGACCACCAGGGAUGAGAACAGGGUAUCAGACAUAUCAGUCACCCGUCAUGCCUCACCAACGACUGCCACAUCCAGCACACCCAUCUUCGUUUCAUCACUCAAACCCGGGCAAGCCUCGACCAGCCGAGUACGGAGUUGGGCUUGGACCGGGCCAGUACUAUCAGCAGACGAGCGAUUAUAUGCGCCCAAGCUACCCACAUCAUAUGUCGCCAUACGGCAACCAAAUUUCGGGGCACAUUACCCCCUUUGUCGAGAACGUCUAUAUGAACAAGGCAAACUCACCUGUGGGGUCAUAUCAUAGCUCCCCUGUUGAUCACUACGGCAAUAUCAUGGGAUCCGCGUACCCACCACCACCUCAUCCGCACCAGCGCAUGAACGAGCACCCCAUAGACCCGUCGCUCAUGAGCCAACAAGGUAGCGAACAUUUCGACGCGUUAGGUAUUCUCGGACUAGGGGGUCAAGGUGAAGGGUUCCAACCUCACUACACGCUAGACCAGGGAAAUCUAAGCGGACACGUAAGCGACGAGCAGCACCACCAGCAGCAGUUUGAACAGGCUUUCCACCAUCCUAAUCACCCGGUAGCCGAGGAACGGCCAUCGUGGCACGACGACGUGCCGAAGCUGGAGGGCGAGUGGGAGACACUGGCCGCGGGCACCGACUUCGACAUCGACGGCAUCCUGGGGACGACGGAUAGCCCCGGUGGUUAGUAUAUCCCUGGAUAGACGUGAAGAUCAAAGACGGAGAUGAUAGAUCAAGAGAUCAAGCGAGAAAUAAGUAAACCGAAAUAAAAAGGAACGGGAACGGGAACUGGAACGCAAAACCUCUUGCGUUUGGAGUUGGGAGUAGACACACACUUUAUGUAUUUAAAUUUGACCUUUCUUUUCUCUCUCUCAUCAUGUUUUCCCAUCGGCGCUAUUGCGCCUUGGCUUACCUGUACGUUUCUCCACACGCUUGUGUGUGCUGUGUUUAUGUGCCAUUUGCUUGUGUGUGGGUGUGUGUGUGUGUCGGGCUAUCCGCGCUCAGAACAGUGGUUUAGCGGCGUCAUCAUCGUUUCGUGGACAUAGACUUGGGCGGCUUGGCUGAAGUGAUGAUGAUGACGAUGAUACCCUCUCCCCCUUUUCCUCGUGGCCUGAAAGUUGGUUGGAGAUCUAGAAUGGAUGGACAUAGAGUCGGAUUAGUCGAAUUAAGUUAGACAGACAGACAGACAGACAGACGAAGCCGCAUCAGAUUUUGUUUUUGGGGGGUUAUUGCAAAACGGCUGCGUGCGUGCUUUAAGUAG